CCGCCAGAGGAAACGGAAGUGGCGGCGGGCCCGGGCGGAAGCAGGAAGCGGCGGAGCAGGACCUAGCGCUGGGCAGUGUUUGCUGCAGGCCAUGGCGGAGAAGUUCGACCACCUGGAGGAACACCUGGAGAAGUUUGUGGAGAACAUCCGGCAGCUCGGCAUCAUUGUCAGUGACUUCCAGCCCAGCAGCCAGGCCGGGCUCAACCAGAAGCUGAAUUUUAUUGUUACUGGCUUACAGGAUAUUGAUAAGUGCAGGCAGCAGCUUCAUGACAUUACUGUGCCUUUAGAAGUUUUUGAGUAAGUAUCAUUCUUGAUAUUC